ACUCUCCUCACCUUUCUUCACCACAUAGAAGCCUCUCACAAAUAACUAAAAAAUGUGUCCUAAAUACAUUCUAGUGUUGCUACUUGCACUGACAUUUGCCGUUGCAAAUUCUGUGGCUAGAGUUCCCACUCUUGACAAUUACCCACCAAAACAGGAUAAAAGACAUCAUCCUGGACAUCCUCCCCUAGAGGAAGAAGAAAACACACAGGUAAAUAACUACCACGGACACAUCCAUAAAAAACAUCCUCCUCUAAAGGAAGAAGAAAAUACAGAAGUGAAUAGCUUUCACGGAAAGCCCAUAUACGAAAAGCCCAUACCGAAGCAUCCACCACCAAACAAUCCCGCUACGGAUAGCUACCACCCAUACAAACCGCCACACAAAGGUCAUCCUCCAAAACAGGGAGACAACUCACAGGAGGAUACCUAUUUAAAUAAACCUCCACAUGGUAGACAUGGAGAUCAUCCUCACCACGAGGCGCAGUCGCAAGAAGAUAACUAUCCUGAACACAGGCCACGACACCCUCCACAUCCUCCAACUCCUGUUAAUUGAGUGCUCAUCACUCGGAACUAUAUAUGAUAUGUUAGUUAUGAAGCAUUCAUGGACCAUGGUGUUAUCAUGUAUGCAUAAAUAAAAAAAGUUCUAUGAUUGAACUUGCUUAAGAAGUUAUUUACCUGUUUAUGUGGUAUAUUGUGUAAAAUUAUGUCUAAUUUGUAUAUACAAUUAUGUUACGGUCUAAUAUAAGCUUUACUUUAAAA